UGAUGGUCUGGAACAGCAGAGGAGAGAAAAUGGAGAGAGAGAGAGAGCCCAAACUUUUCUUCAAUACAAAGCCUCCCCUCAAUGGAAUGGACCCCAUCAAAAAUCAAUCCUAACCCCAACUGUCACGUACUCUUCUUCUACUCUCUCUCUCUCUCUCUCUCUCUCUCUCUCUAACCCAACGCCACCAGCAAACAUUGUAAAGCUUUUGUCUUUCCCUUUCCCACCACCACUUCCCUCUUCUCUCCCUCCACUUUUCUCAGUCUUUAAUGGCUGCCCAUUUCACUAUGCUCCUUAUAAAAUAGUGGGUCGGUGCUGGAUUACCACUUCCACCCCAUUUUUGGCUGUAAAAAAAGAUGCCCACUUAGCAAAAAAAUUAGAGAAGUCUUUGUUUUUUUCACCAUUGUUUGGUUCAAUUUUCUUGAAUUUAAUCUUGGUUUUCUCCAAAACUUCUCAUAUUUUCAUCACUGGAGAUAAUUCUGCAGAAAAAAAAAAAUAUUGGGCUGGAUUUUGGGUGUUUCAAAAGGGUCGUUUUCAAUGCUGCAUUGCACUGAGCUGAAACUUUCAUGCUGUGCUGUUGUUUUUUUAAUAAGAAAAACAAAAAUCACCAGACGCGUGCCUGCAAUUUUCUGAAUUAUCAAUUCCAUCGUGCAGAGCUCAUGAAUUUUGGAUCGAAUUUCUGAAAAGGAGAAUUUGGGUUUCUCUCAAACUUUUGUGCAUCUCAAGCUUCUGAUCAAUUCUCCAACAUCAUUGCUUACUUUUGUUCCCUGAAAUUUGAGGGGUCAAAUUUUUACCUUUGACCCCAUUUGUGAUGAUCAUAAGAAUUGAGGAGGCAUAAUUGUCUUUGAUAAGUCUUUAAGGCCAAAUUGCAGUAAAUUUGAGCUUUUAGGAGUGAAAAAAGAAGGCUUUUGGUAUCUUAAGCUUCACUCUGUGAGAAAACUUGAGGAAUUGGAAUUGGAAUCUGUUUGGUUUAUGCAACGGACUUUUUAUCCAGCUGCAUUUCUGUUCUUUCGCUGUAUCGAAUUCGAGCCUCUGAAUUUGAGUUUCUUGUAGCCGGGAGAGUGACAGAUUUUGGAUGAACAAAGCCUGUUAAAGUUAAAUAUUCAUCCCUUAGUUAUGGCAAAGAAGUCCCAGAAACGCUCUGUGCGGUAUGAAAAAGAUCAGUUGGGCUGCAUGUGGGGUUUGAUCAGUAUCUUUGACUUCCGGCACGGCCGCCCCACCUGGAAGCUGAUUUCUGAUAAGAGGCAUGGAAGUAAGCAAGCUGUUGGUACUGGAAUUUCAAGGAAUAAGUUCAAGAGUUUGAGCAAUUUGGAUGAAAAUUUCAAGGCACCCUUGAUGACAAUGAGAGCUCGAAAGCAAUAGUGGCAGUAGAUGCUUGCAAGCCUAGUGUGAAGAAACUCAUGGAAGAAGAAAUGUCCGGUAAGCAGGACAUGAAAAAGGAGAGAAGCGAGAGAAGCAAUGAUGUAGUGGAAACUAGACAGUCUGAUUCAAGCCAGAGCAGAAAGGACCACAAAAGAUCAAAGACGACUCGCAAGAAAAGUCGUGAUAUGGACAACCAUAAUUUGAAUGCUUUUGAGAACUCAGAAUCUGGAUGCUCUUGCAAUCAGAAUCGAGAGCAGAAACCUAGAAGUAACGUUGGCAUGGAUGAGAUAAUAGAAGAGGUAUGUUGCCAGAUCCAUCAGAAAUAUAUUAAUGAUGCGAAUCAUGAUGUGAAUGGUGAAACUCCUGCAAAACCAAACUGCAAGCAUUCUGAUUUCGAAGAGAAAUUAUGCGUGGCAAUCAAGGAAUUCACGAAUCAUAAGUUUACUGAUGGGAAACAGCUUGCGGAAGAUCAGAAAAUCCACCACUUCAAAGAACUACUUGAUGCGCUCGAGGUCUUAAGUUCAGAUGAGGAAUUGCGUCUGAAACUUUUGCAGGAUCCAAACUCGCUGCUGGCAAAACAAGUCCAAAAGUUAAAGGAUGCUCAGAUAGAGAAGGAUGAAGAAUGCGUUUCCUUUGCAGAGUCCAAGUUGUCGGAACAGAAGCUUGGUGAUGUUAAACAAUCUGAGGAGCUUGUCAACCGUAAACGGCGGUACUUUUUCAGUAGAAAGGUCAAGCCUCAGGAAAGAAACCCAAGUAAGGAAAAUGAGGACUCUGAAGCUUCAAAGAUGAUCGUCAUUUUGAAGCCUGGGCCUCCAGCAUUACAAAAUUCUGAAAUUGAAGAUAGUACAACCCCAGAAUCCCAUAACAUUGUAAGAAACAGAGGACCAAGUGAAGAGUUGGUUCCCACUUUUUUCUUUCGGAAAUAAAAAGGAAACUGAAGAAUGCAAUGGGAAAGCAACAGCAUGGGGCAUCUACUGUUGGAAGUUCAAACAGACUGCCUUAUGGGCGUCAAAAUUCGGGAGGUAGAGACAAAGGAACUGGUAGGGAAAAACUAGGAAGUUCCUCUGGUAAAGAACAUUUCUACAUUGAAAGAAUUGCUAAACCUUCUAGUGGUGUCAAGAGGGCAGAAAAGACUGGGAAAGUGAAAGAAUCUGAAAUAAGUUUGAAACAUGAAAAUCAUGGCCUUGCGGAUGAAAGGCUAUCUAAACUCUACAUUGAGGCCAGGAAGCAUCUCUGUGAGAUGCUGAGUAAUGGAGAUGAAGGUGUAGAUAUCUCAAGACAGCAGUUUCCUAAAACCUUGGGGAGGAUUCUCUCUCUUCCAGAGUACAAUGUUUCUCCUUUUGACAGUCCUGGAAGGGACUUGGAGCACGGCUUUGUUACCGCACAGAUGAGAUUAUCAGUCUAUGACAAACUUUUGAAGGCCAAUGAGAAUAAAAGAUCUCCUAAGCGAGAGAAGAAUGUCAGCCCUCUUGGUGAGGUAGCAGUAGCACACAACUUAGAGAGUCUGCCAUCUGUUUCAGACAACAACGUUGAUUGUAAAGUACAGCCGACUAACUCAAUACCAAGUACCUCAGAUAAUCUGAUUCAUGAUAAUGAAGUUGAAGAAAUCCAUCCUUUCAUCAUGGAUGAGAAGAACUCUGAAGGUGAUGUCAAGAUUGAAAAAGAAAAUGAAAUUGUUGUUCGGGAAGAAGCUCUCUCUGAAUGCACUGGUUCUUCAGUUGCCAUAAAUGACCAAAAUGAGGACAUGUCUGAGAUUUUUAAUGAUAGAAGAUUUUCGGAAUGCUCACAACAGGAUUCAUAUGACGAAAACCCAGUGCAAUCUUCUUCAUUAGCAUCCCCUUCCAGCUCUUCAACCACCAAGCAUGUUGAAGAUUUAGAAAGUGCUAUUGAUAUACAAGAGCGUCCAAGUCCUGUCUCAGUUCUUGAGCCACUAUUCACAGAGGAUGAUAUCAGCCCUGGGAAAACGAUUUCUCGAUUUGGAGAGCUACAACCACUAAAGAUCGAAUUUGAAGAUUAUGAGCCUUCAGCCACUGAGCAAGCUAACAAUGCAAAAACCUGUACAGAAGGCAAGGAACUAAUGUUUGAUUUUGUAAAAGCAGUCAUGCAAGCCUCCAGCUUCAAUUGGGAUGACUUCUGUAUGAAGUGGCUUUCCUCUGACCAACUUAUUGAGCCAUCAUUGUGUGAUGAGGUAGAAUUUUUUCCUAACCAGCUUUGCUAUGAGCCGAAGCUCCUUUUUGACUGUAUUAAUGAAGUUCUGCUGGAGUUCUGUGGGCGUUAUUAUGGUUGCUUCCCUCGGGUGUCAUCUGCGAAACCUAGUAUAAGGUCAAUACCAGAUUUGAAAACUGCUAUACAUGAGGUCUGGAUAGAAGUUUAUUGGCAUCUCCAUCCACUUCCAUUGCCUCAAACAUUGGACCAGAUUGUCACAAAAGACAUGUCAAGAACUGGAACGUGGAUGGACCUUCGAUUUGAUGCUGAGAUCAUUGGUGUCGACAUGGGUGAAGCCAUUCUCCAAGAAUUGAUGGAAGACGCCAUAUUAAGCUAUGUAGAAGGAAGUCUCAGAAGUGAAGAUACUUCAGUUAUGGCUGAGUCAAAUGAAACAGAGAGCAUUCUCAUCUUAUAAAACUCAGUCUGACUUCGAUUUGCCCAUACCGAAUACCAAGCCACCUUCUCGCUGUGGCAGUUGGAAAGCAAGUCAUAUAUGUGCAUCCAAAGGGUGAGAAGCAACAUUUUAGCUUUCUUGGAGCACCAUGGAUCUGGUAGGAAUUGGCUUUGCAACUUUGUUAACUGAAAUCAUGUAGAUAGUACAUAAUCUGUCACAUGUCAAAACUAAGGCUCACGGGGCGCCCGGAGCAGCAGUCAUCACCUGAAAGUCCUUGAUAGCUUGGGAACCAAUAUUCGGUCUGCAAGAACUCGGAAACUCUCUGCAAGUCGAUUAUACAAGACAGAUAAGUAAUUUUGAGAGUUGAUCUUAUAAGUGUGGAUUUAUAGAGGGUUGGAGUGUUUAGUAGAGGGUGUUGUUGAUUUCAUUCAUUGUCAACUGUGUUCUUUGUAUUUUACUGUUUCAUUUGAAACCUGAAAGGGUUGUUUUGUGACUGACUAUUACUGGUGUUGUAAUUAGCAAUUACAAAGAAAAUAAAAAGCUCAUGCUAAGUUUGUUA